UUGUGUCGCACCAGCCAUUCCAAGUGAAGCAUGUCAUCGAAACGUCAUUUUUGUAUAGGUAUAGGAUUUGCGUACAAAACGAAAAGGUCGCGGCAAGUUGGACCACAUGUUUUUCAUAUAGGUGCUAUGGGGUUCCUAAACGAUGAUGGUUUCCGGGUGAUGCUGUAUUCGUUUUAUGAAAUGCUAACAUUCGAACUUCUUGCUUUACCAAAAUGUCGAGUGUUCAAGAUUCAUCUGAUUCUCAGCAAUCAAAUGACACUGCAGGUUCCAUCUCAACCUUUACGGUUCCAUGCUGCACUAUGUGCAGUCGAAGAGAAAUAUCAAAAUCUUACUGCACCUCGUGCAAACGCUAUCUUUGUGAGAGAUGUCAUUUUUUUCACGAAAUCAUGGUACGCUUUAAUUUCCAUCGAAUCAUCAAUCUGGCCAACGUCAGCAACGUCGAACAUCUAGCGAAAAUUCUUCAAAAUGGAGAAGAAGAAUCAACGUCAUCACUUUUUGAUAAUCCGAUGGCCAAUAUGCGUGCAGCAUUACAAACUCAAUUUUCAGAAGGCACUAAAUAUGUCAAUACGUUGUUGAAAAUGUCGUAUGAGUUGAGCAGAUCUGCGAAAUUAAUAGGAAGACGUCGCUUGGAGACUCUCAGUCACGUCGAUAAUCUUUUUCGAGAAUUUGAGCAAGUUUUAAAAAAUCACAGAGAUCAGACCGUUAACAUUCUGGACAAUGAAUAUAACUUUCUCUUUGAUAUUUUUAUUUCACACAGAAAAAAAAUCGAUAAUAUGAUUCGCGACAUGCUUGUGAAACUGUCUGAUUUGAAGCUGUUACUUGAAGACAAUGACAGUGCCUCUGGAUUUGAUUUUUCAAGGUUUUACACCGACGAAUCUGCUAAUAAUUCCUUCACUUUUUCGUCGACUCAAUGGCAAUUUGAUUUUUUCGACAAUAAUUUCUCCGUUCCGGGGACUCAACAAUUUAACUCUAGCUUCGAAGGACAAUCCAGUGAUGAGAGCGGAGCUUUGAAUAUAAAUAACGAUGUAUUUCCUUUCGAGUCCUUUAACAUACCCUUUGUUGCCUCCGAACCUAGCAACUUGGAUUGUCAUGUUAACCCCGACCUUUCUCUAUCAACCACCGAUCCCGAUAGUUCCUCUUACACAAAUUACGUAAACACUAUGCAAAUUCAUAAAACGUUCGGGCAAAAAGGAAACCGUUCGGGUAUGUUUAAUUCUCCACACGGAUUCUGUGUAGGCUUAGACGAAGAUAUUGUUGUUGCUGAUAGCAGCAACCACCGAAUACAGAUAUUCGACAAAACUGGUACUUUCAAAUUCCAAUUUGGAGUAGCUGGUCGUCACGAUGGUUACCUCUGGCACCCCCGCAAAGUUGCGUUUUUGCCAACACAGCGACGUUACGUAGUUUGUGAUCGUGGUUAUGAACGAUCCCGAAUGCAAAUUUUCACAGACACUGGAAAAUUUGUUAAAAAAAUUUAUAUCCAAUAUGUUGAUAUUGUAGCCGGUAUUGCAGUGACAUCGAACGAAGACAUUGUUGUUGUUAACAGCGUAACACCAACUGUUUUUAUAAUUGGACAGAACGAUUUUCUGAGAUCUAUUGAUUGUACUUCGUUCAUGCAGGAGCCUUCGGAUCUCACUAUCGUCGGGAAAGAAUUUUACAUAUGUGAUUUUAAAGCUCAUUGCGUGGUGGUAAUAGACGAUGAAGGAAACCUUUUGCGAAAAUUUGCAAGUAAACAUACUACAAUGUUCCCUAAUGGAAUAGAUGUAUCUCCUCAAGGAAAUGUUUUCAUUGGAGAUUCCCAUGGUAAUUUCUUUCAUGUUGCCGUUUAUACGAAGAACGGUACAUACGUGACUGAAUUUCGAUGCCCAUAUAUUAAAGUUUCUCGUUGCUGCGGCUUAAAAGUUAACAGCGAUGGACGUUUGAUUACCGUUGACAAAAACUACCACCAUGUCAUUAUGUUGGAGGAUUUGCAUAUUACUAACACAUAGAUAUUUUUUAAAGAUAUCUGUUAUUUAUCAUAUACAACUUGUAAGUUUUUAAUUAUAAGUAUAAAAUUAUAGAUUUCAACGAGUACCAGAAAUGUUUUUGCAUAUACAUAUAGUCACUUGUGUUAUUUCACAAAGGGUACUCGUACAUGUGUUUUGUAUUUUUGUAUUAUUGUUCGAUUAAAAAGUUUUCUUUUGC